AUGGAACAAUCAUCAUCAGCAGGUCCUGUACAAAUUGUAUCAAUAACAGACGAUCAUAAAUUUGUACUUGAUGAAAAAAAAUUAAAAGAAAUUUUAUAUCAUAAACGAGCACAAGGCAGAAAAAUUUCACUUGUUUCUAUAGCUGGAGAUUUUCGUAAAGGAAAAUCAUUUAUGCUUGAUUUUUUUCUUCGUUAUUUACGAGCAAAGAAUCAGAAAGAUUGGAUAGGUAAAGAUAAUGAACCAUUAAAAGGAUUCGAUUGGCGUGGAGGUGCUGGUCGUCAUACAACUGGAAUGAUUAUGUGGAGUGAACCAUUUCUUAUGUCAUUGUCAAAUGGUGAAGAAAUUGCAGUUCUUCUUAUGGAUACUCAAGGAACAUUUGAUUCAAAUUCAACUGUAUUUGAAAAUGCAUUUAUAUUUGCCUUAACAUUACUUGUUAGUAGUGUAACUGUUUAUAAUAUUAUGCAUAAUUUACAAGAAGAUAAUUUACAACAUCUAUCAUUUUUUGCUGAAUAUGGAGUUUUAGCAAUAGAUGCUUAUCAUACAUCACCAUUUCAGCAAUUGACAUUUUUGGUACGUGAUUGGCAAUUUGAAUAUGAAACAUCAUAUGGUUUUGAAGGUGGAGAAGAAAUAUUAACAAAGCGUUUACAAAUUCGACCAAAUCAACAUCAUGACCUUGAACUUGUACGUUCUCGGUUACGUCAAUGUUUUCGUAAAGUAAAUUGUUUUCUAAUGCCACAUCCUGGUCUUAAAGUUACAAAUCGACGUGAUUUUGAUGGCAGAUUAGAAGAUAUUGAAAAAGAUUUUAAAACACAAUUACAAGGAUUUAUACCUGAACUUUUUCGAUUGGAUAAUACAAAUUUUGUUAAAGAAAUUAAUGGAGAACAAAUAACAUCUACACAAUUAUUUGAGUAUUUUCGAACAUAUUGUGCUGUAUUCGCUUCAGGAGAUUUACCAUCGCCGAAAGCUAUGCUCGAAGCUACAGCUGAAGCAAAUAAUUUAGCCGCUAAAGCUGUAUCAAAAGAAUUUUAUAUGCGUGCAAUGGAACAGCAUUGUGGUGGUGAUCGACCAUAUAUACAUCCAAAUCAAUUAGAUGUUCUUCAUAAAGAAGUUCGACGACAAUCAAUUGAGAAAUUUCGUUGUGCACGUAAAAUGGGUGGUGAAGAAAUGUCACAAAAUUAUCAACAAGAUUUAGAUAAUGAAAUAACAGAACUUUAUCUUAAUUUUAAAAAACAUAAUGAUUCAAAGAAUGUCUUUGCAUUCAGUCGUACACCAACAACAUUUAUAUCAUCAAUGAUUUUAUGUUAUUUAAUAGCUGGUAUACUAGAUACAAUAUGGCUUGGAGGAAUUAAUUUUAUAUUUAUGUUUGCAUUUUGGGUUUGUUUUGUAUUAUUAUUUGUAUGGUUAUAUACAAAAUAUUCAGGAGAAUAUGCUGAAAUUGGAGAAUAUAUUGAUUAUUUUGCUGAUGUUAUAUGGAAUAAUGGGUUUCAACCUGUUUAUUCACGAUGUUUACGCUCAGCAAUGCGUUCUGUACUUGGACAUACGAAAGUUGAAUAA